UCGUGCUCGUGCGCCGUGCCUCCUCGCCUCCUUGCUCUGGUGCUCUGGUUCAGGGAGGCCGCAAUGGCGCAUUGCUCUCCAGAGGACCCCAUUGCCAAAUCGAUCGAGUUGAUCGCCGGCCGAGACCGAGAAACCGCCUCGUGCGGCGACGAAGGCGGUCGAUACCGCCGGUUCCCCGAUCCUCGGGGGCAUGAGGCUCUUGCAGAAGACUCGUCGAUGUUGGUGAUCAGGGACGCGCUGCUGUCGCUGCUCCAGAAGGACCGACUUCGCCAGGAGAUUAUUCUGGCCGAGCUCGACAAGAUAGAGCGCGAUAUAGCCCUGCACUCCUCCACAGACGUCGAUCGUGCUAACUCGGCGGCGCCCUUCUCCUCCCUGGAGGAGAUGCCGCACAGCAGGGAGGCACUUGGUAUUGAGGAUGAGGACCAUGAUUUUGUGUUUGUCGCCGCUGAUGUGGACAAUUAUCUGGAGAAGGAUGAAGUGCGCGAGGGUGUAGAACUCGAAUCCCAGAAGCUUGCCACGGAAGAUGAAUGUCUGGAAACUUCUUGUGAUGCCGGUAACGCAGCAGGUCAGCAAAAGGCAGCACUUGAUGAGAGCAAACUACAAGAACCCGAUGAGGAGAAGGAUGAAGUGCGCCAGGGUGUAGAACUCGAAUCCCAGAAGCCUGCCACGGAAGAUGAAUGUCUGGAAACUUCUUGUGAUGCCGGUAACGCUGCAGGUCAGCAAAAGGCAGCACUUGAUGAUAGCAAACUACAAGAACCCAAUGAGGAGAAGGAUGAAGUGCGCGAGGAUGUAGAACUCGAAUCCCAGAAGCCUGCCACGGAAGAUGAAUGUCUGAAAACUUCUUGUGAUGCCAGUAACGCUGCAGGUCAGCAAAAGGCAGCACUUGAUAGCAAACUACAAGAACCCAAUGAGACUACGUUGCCCAUGAAGACGAUGGCAACUUCUUCAUUGAAAUGGAGCUGUGAAAUCUGCCUGGUGAUAGCACCCACCGAGGACCACUUACAACAGCAUUUUGCAGGGCAGAAGCACCAGUCGAAUGUAGCAUCCUUGGUAUCAAGAAACAGUGCCUACAGUUACAAUGCAGCUUGGGUUUGCAUCUUCUGCCAAUCCAACUGCUAUCGCAAAUCAGACCUGGAGAACCACCUCAGAGGCAAAAGACACAAAGCAAAGAUCCAAUCCCUGCUGGAAGAAUGCAAGAACUUGGCGCUGAAUUCACAACCAAACCUUGUGACACAGGGUGAACACAACAACCCUGCUUUAUCAUGGAAUUGCAGCCUCUGCCAAGCCAAGAGCACUGGUCAGUCAGCCUUAGCAAAACACCUAAGAGGCGAGAGACACAAGCUGAAUUUUCUGGUGCUACAGGUAGAAGGCAAGCAGUAUCUGACAGAUUGGGGUUGCGGUAUCUGUGAGGCCAAAUGUAAGUCUGUAUUUCAGUUUGAGAAUCACUGCAGCGGCAGGCGACACCAAAAGAAGAUAAAAGCUCUACUCUAUUGGGAGUAGGCCAAAUUGAAAGCUGGGGAAGAUGCACUCAGGCAAGAAGAAACGUAUUGGGAGGCUGCAGCCUGUUGGACGAAAUGCCACUACCGUCCGUCCAUUAAUUUUGAAUAGACUUCAAUCAGCUUUUUAUUUAUUACUACGUAUAAUUUAUUUAUGUUACUGCUACUUUAUCGCAAUGCUAGCAUAUAUGAAUGUCUAGCUGGAGUGCCACCGAUGCUCUUUUA